CACCCAAAGUUUAUCGAGUAGAAAUUGAAGGCGAGGAAAUAGAUUUGACCCAGUUUGUUAACGGCAAAUCAUUACCAGUCGACAAAAUAAGCGAUGCCGAAAAAUCCCAAAUACUCCAAUAUUUUCUCAAUAAAAAUAUCAAACGAAUUACUUUGAAUAAUAACAAGUUAGUAAUUGAAUAUAAUAAUCAAACCUUUAAAACAAUAGAGGCAGAAGACUCCGAACAAAAAAAAUAUCACCAACUUAUUCAAAAACUCCCUAACAAAUCACUUUCUCUCUCGGAAUUACAAAACAAUACUACUAAUCCUUCUACUCCAGACAAAAAUAAUACUGGAAUUUAUGUUGCUAGCCAAAAAGAAAACGAACAAUUACAAAAAACUACUAUUCCUUCACUGCUGAACAUCACUCGUUCUUGGUAUUUUUUGGAUUUAAAAAAUAAAAUAGUGGGCAAAGAAGCCACGGGGAAAAUUGUUGACUUGCUGCGUGGUAAAAAUCGAAGGGAUUUUACCCCUAAUUCAGACUUAGGAAAUUAUGUCGUGUUAGUAAAUGCUAAGCAUAUGAGUUUUACUGGUAAUAAAUUAGACAAAAAAAAUUAUUAUAACCAUUCUGGUUAUCCAGGUGGACUACGCACUAGAAGUACCCGCUUAAUGUUAGAAAAAUAUCCCACCGAGUUAGCUUUUCGGAUUAUUAGAGGUAUGAUUCCCCACACUAAAUUAGGAGAUAAACAAGCGGGCAGAUUAUUUAUUUUUGCUGAGGAAAAACACAACUUGGAAGCCCAAGAAAAGGGAAGAAGAAAGGAAGCCACCGCUCGGGUUUACUUAAAAGAAGGUAGCGGUCAAGCCCAAAUCCGAACUAAUUCUGGAAAAGAAAAAGAUUUAAAAGAUUAUUUUUAUAUGGAACCAUCUUUAUGCGAAGAUGUUUUUCAACCCCUCAAAUUGUUUAGUAAAGAGAAAAAUUAUGAUUUUUUUGUGCGAGUAAAAGGAAGUGGCUUUCAUAGCCAAGCCGAAGCAAUUAGAUUAGGGGUAGCACGAGCUUUAUUAAAAGUUUCGUCCGAAUAUAAAACUACUUUGAAAAGUUUUUCACUGCUAACUCGCGAUGCCCGAAAAGUGGAAAGAAAGAAAGUUGGUCAUUCCCAUUCCGCAAAUAUUAAACAUCGGAAAGAUAGGCAAGAUAGUGCUCGUAGUCAACUUUUUCUGAAAGUACGAAAAAAAAUUGAAAACAUUAUUAAAGAAGAACAUGAAGUCAACGAAAAGGCUUUAAGUAUUGCCCGGGAAAAUAAAUUCCCCAAGGAAAAAGUAUAUCAGAUUUGGGAAAAAAUCAAAAAUGGCGGGGGAGAAAAUUAUUCGGCUCGGGCUUUUUAUCAGGCUCCUUUCGGUAUUUUAAUUUAUUUAGAGGACAGCAAAAAUAUUACUACCGAUUUGAUUAGUAAAUUAAAGUUAAAGUCGCUUCCUCUUUCCUCGUUAUCUGGUUACUUUCAGCUUUUAUAUGGCUUAAAAAUAAAUUUAAAGGGAGCAGAUAAUAAUUUAGAAGAGUAUUUGCUUACUUCUUUGCCAGCUCAGUCGGUAGAGCACACCGCCGAUAACGGUGAGUAUAUGGAAAAAAAUGUUCGUCAAAGUCGUAUCCAGUUAGUUUGUGGGCAAGCCAAGCCCGGUGCUAGUUUAGCUUUUUUAAAAAACAUGGUUCUUUUUUGUCGCGAGUUCAAUGAAAAAACCAAAGAGAGAAAUGGUGAGUUAGUUAACGUGGAAAUAACUGUUUCUCCGGACAAGUCUCAUAAGUAUGUUAUUGGCACCUCCCCUAGUAGUUAUUUGAUAAAAAAAACCCUGGGUGAAAAAAAGGAAAUUACCCAAGCAGAAUUGGAACAAGUGGCAAAGGAAAUAAUGCCAAGCUUAAAUACUGAAGAUAUUGAACAGGCCAAGAAAAUUGUGGCCGGCACGUUGCGAAGUUUUAAUGGGGUCAAAAUAAGCGAAUAA